UUGAUCCGCGCACGAAGCUGUUUCAAUCGUUCUGCCCUUACAGUUUCACGUCUGUCGUCUGCUCUCUUACAAGUGGCGCUAAAAUGAGCAAUGUGGACGGUUGUGGUCACGUCAGUGACUAUGUCUAAAUCGAUAAGGUCCCAAAUUCCGAUAAUAAGUCAUUGACAACUACUGUUGGCGAGCCAGGGUGUGAUUCAACGUGUCACGCCACUUACAUUGCUGUCCUCACCACAAACUAGGUUCUCGGCAGAAAACCAGCAGAGUAAAGUGGUUGUGCGCACAGCACGCCUGCUGUCACUCAUUUCUCGUGCGCUACUGAGGCAUAAGCCAGUCUUCACUCGGACGUUAGUGGUCCUUCGUGGAACUUCAGAUGCAAGUUACAGGCUGCCAUGUAUGAUGCUUUGGGAUUCUUGGAAGGAAUUUUCUAAGUCAGAUGGUUUUUUUUGGAUACCAUGAUAUCAUUUGACAUCGCAAUAGUUAACUUGUAAAUUAUCACUACCACAACUACACGUCGGUGUACCUCAAGCAACCAUGGAUUACAAGAAACAAUCUCCUGAUUGUUACUGCUUUUAACCAGCCUGGAGCACGGACUUUUUCGCUGUGUCAACGCCUUGUCAGUAAGUCAGCACUACCAUCGUUUUACAGUGGUCUCUUGUUCCAUUGGGUACCUACAAUACUGAAAUGUCUGGUAACUGGUCGCCAACACAUGCCAACUUGUCCCAUAGUCUCAUUACGAAAUAUAACUUAACUGAAAAAGUUUUGAUUGGAACGUUUUUGUGCAUAUUGAUUGUUGUAGCAAUUGGUGGAAACAUGUUAGUGUGUGCAGCAGUGUUUACAGACAGAAAGCUGAAAAGAAAUAGUAACUUUUUCAUUGUGUCUCUUGCAAUCGCUGAUUUGCUUGUUGCCAUCAGUGUAAUGACAUUUGCUGUGGCUAAUGAUAUCCAAGGAACAUGGGCUUUCGGCAUUGAAUUUUGCAAUAUAUGGAUAUCUGCUGACAUAAUGUGCUCAACGGCAUCUAUUCUGAAUUUAUGUGUUAUAAGUUUGGACCGCUAUAUUCAUAUCAAGGACCCAUUACGCUAUGAAGCGUGGAUGACAGGGAAAAAGACAGUGUGUUUUAUUGCUACAGUGUGGAUUCUGUCAUUGCUAAUUUCCUUCGUUCCAAUUCACAUGGGAUGGCAUUUUAGUUCCGGAAAUCAUCAACAAGAUUCUUUAGCAUCUGAAAGCUGCAUAUUUGAAUUGAAUCCCAUCUAUGCUGUUGUGUCAUCAACAAUAAGUUUCUACAUUCCAUGUAUUGUGAUGCUUUCAAUAUAUUGUCGUUUGUACAUGUAUGCCAAAAGGCAUGCAGACAUAAUUCGAAGAACUCACACAGCCGAGAGGUUUCAGACCCCCCAGCAGGCGAGUGACGCCGCUGGCAAACAAGGAGGUAGUUACAGGUUAUCGGACCACAAAGCAGCCGUCACUCUAGGCAUCAUCAUGGGAGUAUUUCUACUCUGUUGGUUUCCAUUCUUUGUAAUGAAUCCCAUUGCCGCAUUUUGUCCGACGUGCAUACCUGAUGUUGUGUUCAAAAUACUUACCUGGUUAGGUUAUGUCAAUUCAUGUUUAAAUCCUAUUAUAUAUAGCAUAUUUAAUCAAGAAUUUAGAGAAGCUUUCAGAAAGAUUUUGUUUCCAAAAUGCUUGCUGGAAUAUCGGAGUAAAUCCAACCUGAAUCAACGCCAAAGUAGGAAAGUAAGGAAAUCGGAGUAUGCACCGCCACUGGUUGAAAACGGUACACAGCAGCCUGGUUACACAAGGAAAAACAGCAGAGAACAUUUGUUUUCAGACAAAAUUACUGCCCUGUGAUUCUACAUUCCUUAAGUGGGUGUAUACUCGUUUCUAUUGUAUAUCACCAUUGUACUCCAAGAAUAUAUGCAAGUAUCUCCUCGGACUUAUUAUUUCAUUUCAUAUAAAAGCAAUUUUAUUUUUCUUAUUACUGUUUUUCAUGCGUUAUUCGA